AAAUUAAUAAACAGAGUAGGCCAAGUAUUAUGUUCCAGUUCCUAUCUGGCAACGAUAUUGUGAGUUAUUAUGAGAUGAAUUCAGAACAUCUCAACUCUGUUUUACCUCAUUCGGCUUCCCUGAAAGUUUUCAACGUGGUUGCAUUGAGGAGCAACUUUUAAAAUGGUAAAUACUAAAGGUUAUAGGCGAGGUACCAGGUACCUUUUUGCUAGGAGAUUUAGACAUCGUGGUGUUGAGCCAAUUUCCACUUUUUUGCGAGUGUAUAAACGUGGAGAUAUUGUUGAUAUCAAAGGAAAUGGUGCUUUCCAGAAGGGCAUGCCUUUUAAAUACUACCAUGGAAAGACAGGGAAGGUGUUUAAUGUCACUCCUCAUGCAGUUGGUGUCAUUGUCAACAAGAGAGUGAGAAACCGAAUCAUCCCAAAGCGCAUCAAUGUCCGAGUUGAACAUAUCAGGCACUCCAAGUGUAGGAAAGAUUUUUUGGAACGUGUGAAGGAAAAUGACAGGAAGAAGAGGGAAGCCAAGGAAAAGGGCAUACAAAUUAACCUCAAAAGGCAGCCGAAACAACCCAAGACAGCCCAUUUUGUUAGUACCAAGAACAAUGAACCGCAAUAUCUGGAGCCAAUACCAUAUGAAUUUAUUGCCUAAUUGUUAUCAAUAAAAAAAAUCCUUCA